GCGUUGUUGCGUGAGAGGAAGGGGGAGCAGGGGCAAAGGAUGGAUAAGAUGACGUGCGGAAAUCCUGGCCGCGUUGUUUAGCUUUUCUGGGCGCAUUCGAUCCUUCUUUCUCUUUUAGUAACUGUAGCCAGGCUGCCCGGCGAGGCAGGAACUCGAAGAUGGAGUCACCGGCGACAGACAGGAAGGGAGUUCCAUUGCUCCACGCCGGGCAGGCGGCGGAAGAAAUCCGGAUCCCGGAGUCGUCACCACGGGGCUGGUCGUGGGAGAUCCUGGCCAUGAUCGCCAGCUUCGGGUGCACGGCUAGCAUCGUGGCCAUCCUCGCCGUCAUGGACGACCGGCCGCUCGCCGACUGGCACUUCUUCCUCAGCAUCUCGGCCACGAUUGCCAUCUUUGGCACGGCGCUCAAGUCCACGGCAGCCUUCGCCGUCGGCGGAUGUGUCAGUCAGUACAAGUGGCUGCACUUCAAGUCGUCCCCGCGCAAGCUGGUCGAUCUCGACCUCAUUGACGAAGCGAGCCGCGGGCCGCUCGGCUCGCUCGUCCUCCUCGCCAGGCGCCCGAUGGGGCUGGCGAGCAUCGCCGCUGCCGUCAUCCUGCUCGCGCUGGCCGUUGAGACUUUUGUGCAGCAGACCGUCACCCUCACCCCGCGCAACGUCGCCGUCGACGAUGGGAACGCCGUGCUCGGCCUCGCACACACCUACAACGGCGGUGCAAAACCGAUUAGGAGCUCCAUGGGCGUUAUCAAUUUGAGCCCUUCUACCGUCGAUUUGUCCGUUCAGGGGGCCGUCUACCGAGGCUUGUUCCACCUCGAUUCUCCGGCGGUGUUCAACUGCACAUCCAGCUGCCGGUGGAACAGCACGUAUAUCUCUCUUGGCUUUGCUAGCACUUGUACGGACGUGACGGACGCGACCCUCAAUCUCCCUCCGGGUGCGGAACCGGCUGAGCUCGACUGGCACAACAGCAGCCUGACAACUCCCGGCGGUGUCAAAUUAGAUGCUUCGUACUCCCCAACGUCGUGGCAAACUGUCAUCAGCGUUCGCGGCAUCUCUCUCCUAAAACCAAACUCUACCUGGCUUAGUGAAGACGAGGUGAUUACUUACAUGCCUCCUGAAAUUGCGCGCAUCGGGGUCUUGAGGGCAGAUGUCCUGACUCCCUCCUGGGUUAUCAGAACGGACACCCUCGAGAUCGUCGAAUGCGACAUCAGACUCGCGGCAUACGCCUACUCCGACCUGUCCUCCACGGGCAACAACCUGACCGAAAAGCGACAGCCGAUCACCCUCAACCGAGGCGUCGUGACUUUUGUUGACAACGGUACCCACGCGGACAAGCUCGUUUUUGACCAGCCGCCGCUUCCCGUUCUGCGGGCCUCGGUCCCAGACAUCGUGGCGCUCGAGGCCCUCUUCACCUCGAGCCGCUUCGGCGGCAACAUCUUCGACGGCGAGACGGCCCCCACCCAGAACACUUCGGGCAUGGGCGACGCCUUCCGCUCGGGCAGCAUCGCGAAAACCUUCCAGGACAUGGUCGACAGUAUGACGAACCAGCUGCGGGCGAGCUUCGACGUCAAAGCCCAGGGCCAGAGCAUCAAGCAGGUCGUGUUUGUACGGAUCCGGUGGCCGUGGCUUGCCCUGCCGCUCGUUGUGCAGAUUCUUUCUGCCGUGUUCCUCAUCUUUGUCUUGGUCCAGAGCAGCCAGACAAAGACCCUGCCGCUGUGGAAAUCGUCCACCACCGCGGUGCUGACGUACGACAUCAGGGAGGACGAGUCCGGGGUGGGAAAGCUGGGAACCGGUGUCCUGUCCAAGAAGGAGCUCAAGGCCUUGGUCAAGUCGGUCGAGGUCAAGCUGGAGCUGCCCGAGCAGAUGAUGGCUGCAGCGACCGGGACGACAAGCAGUGACGAGGACCGCAAGGCGGACCUUAAGGGGUCGCAGAGCCAUGUCUACUCGAUGCCCAAAGCCGGGGUUUAACUGACCGCGGAGAUAUGCGAUUCUAUCUUCCUUUCAAUGUACAUGUUUUUAUCACAAUGAACAUACAUGUAUAGAUCGCUCUCCCGUGUUGGACUGAUGAUUGCAUCUUUGCAUACAUCAAAUCUUGCCCCGAGUUAGAAGCCGGGUGUCUUCUCGGCUCGGGCACAGUAUUAGCGGUGGCUAUGGGCUAUAGUCCACGUCCACCUGCACAACAAUCUGAACUCUUUAGUGGGUUCCUCGCAGAGAGUAAACAUACACAAGGAGAGCAAGGUGGGUAAAAAAAAAGGCAAUGCACGGAGCAUAUACCCUCACUUCAAAUGCCAAUCUGAUCCACUCGGGUUCUGGAAUCUAUCUCGUGCCGUGUGCUAUGCUGAAGGGUGCAUUGUUAUCGUUUAAGACCACCCUCUUUUAACGCUAGCU